AUGCGCUCUCACAUCACAGCUGCCUCACAGCAGCAUUCAGGGAAAAUAACCAUUAAGAAAUCUGAGCUGAAGGCAGCCGGGACUCUGGGGGUUGUUGUUGUUAUUUUCCUGUCAUGUAUUUUCCCAUAUUAUUGUUUGGCAAUUACAAGUGAAAGCACCUCCCUAAAUUCUCCAGCUUUUGGCUUUGAUAUCUUUUUGAUCUACUUGAAUUCCUUAUUCAACCCUCUGAUCUAUGCGUUUUUCUAUUCUUGGUUUAGAAAAUCUAUUAAACUUGUUCUUACAUUUCGAUUAGUUAAACAUGGCUCUCGGAAGGCUGUCAGUGAUGAUCAGCUCCCCAUGAUGGAUGGAGCUGAACUCUGCUUUCCAGAACUCCUGAACAGCUCCUGCAGGAAGAUAACAUAUCCUCCCUCAACAUCCGUCCUCAUCUUAAUCACUCUAUCCUCAACCUCUUUUCUCACUGUGACUCUCAACCUGCUGGUCAUCAUCUCCAUCUCACACUUCAGAGAUAACCUGAAACAUCCAGGAAGGUUUAAUUCUUGCUCUGGAGAAUGUGUGAUAUAUGUGGGCCUUAUUGAAAAUGUUUCAGAUCUAAUAGUGACAUUCAUAGCUCCAGUGUCCACCAUCAUAUGUCUGUAUCUCAGAGUGUUUAUGGUGGUUCUGUCUCAGGUUCGGGCCAUGCGCUCUCACAUCACAGCUGCCUCACAGCAGCAUUCAGGGAAAAUAAUCAUUAAGAAAUCUGAGCUGAAGGCAGCCGGGACUCUAGGGGUUGUUGUUGUUACUUUCCUGUCAUGUAUUCUCCCAUAUUACAGUGCCAUUAUUACAGAUCAGAGUGCCUCCAUCCUGACCUUUGUGAUAUGUUUGUUCUAUAUGAAUUCCUUAUUCAAUCCCCUGAUUUAUGCUCUUUUCUAUCCCUGGUUUAGAAGAACUCCUGAACAGCUCCUGCAGGAAGAUAACAUAUCCUCCCUCAACAACCGUCCUCAUCUUCAUCAGUCUGUCCUCCUUGUCUCUGUUCACUGUGACUCUGAACCUGCUGGUCAUCAUCUCCAUCUCACACUUCAGGUUCGGGCCAUGCGCUCUCACAUCACAGCUGCCUCACAGCAGCAUUCAGGGAAAAUAAUCAUUAAGAAAUCUGAGCUGAAGGCAGCCGGGACUCUGGGGGUUGUUGUUGUUAUUUUCCUGUCAUGUGUUUUCCCAUAUUACUGUGUGGCAAUAACAAGUAAAAGCACCUCCCUAAAUGUUUCAUCCAUCGGCUUUGAAAUCUACAUUAUGUAUAUGAAUUCUUUAUUCAACCCUCUGAUCUAUGCCCUUUUCUACCCCUGGUUUAGAAAAUCCAUUAAACUUAUAAUUACAUUUCGAUUAUUGAUGCAUGGUUCCAGAGAUGCCAACAUACAGAGAACUGACACUAACGAGGGACAACUCCUGAACAGCUCCUGCAGGAAGAUAACAUAUCCUCCCUCAACAUCCGUGCUCAUCUUCAUCGGUAUGUCCUUCUUCUCUCUGCUCACUGUGACUCUGAACCUGCUGGUCAUCAUCUCCAUCUCACACUUCAGGCAGCUCCACACUCCCACCAACCUCCUCCUCCUCUCUCUGGCUGUCUCAGACUUUCUUGUGGGCCUUCUCAUCCUCAGUCAGAUCAUGUCAUUAAACGGUUGUUGGUAUCUUGGUGACCUGAUGUGUGUUUUGUGUUUUCUCCUGAACCUAAUAAUUACCUCUGCCUCAGUAGGAACCAUGGUGCUCAUAUCAGCUGACCGUUAUGUGGCGAUCUGUGAUCCCCUUCAUUAUCCAACCAAAGUCACCUCAAAAAGAGUUUCUGUCUGUGUUUCUCUGUGUUGGAUCUCCACUUUCGUCCAUUUUUCGGUUAUUAUAAGAGAUAACCUGAAACAUCCAGGCAGGUUCAAAUCCUGCUCUGGAGAAUGUGCGAUUUAUGUGGGUUUUAUUGAAAAUGUGUCAGAUCUAAUUCUGUCCUUCAUAGCUCCAGUUUCCACCAUCAUAUGUCUAUAUCUCAGAGUGUUUAUGGUGGUUCUGUCUCAGCUCCACACCCCCACCAACCUUCUCCUCCUCUCCCUGGCCGUCUCCGACCUCCUGGUGGGCCUCCUGCUGAUGCCGGUGGAGAUCGUCUACAUCGAGAUCUGCUGGUUCCUGGGGGACUGGGCGUGCACGCUGUACUACACCCUGGACUACGUCAUCACCUCGGCCUCCGUGGUCAACAUGGUGCUCAUCUCCCUGGACCGCUACGUGGCCGUCUGCCACCCCCUGCGCUACCCCUCCAGGGUGACCGCGGGCGCGGCCCGGCUGGGCGUGUGCCUGUGCUGGUUUUCCUCCGUGGUCUUCAGGCUGCUUCUCCUCCAGGAUCACAUCGCGGAGCCCGGCCGGUCCAGUUCCUGCCUCGGGGAGUGCGUGGUGGUCAUCAGCCCCAAGGCCGGGGUGGUGGACACGGUCUUCACCUUCAUCCUGCCCAUCGCCGUAAUCCUGGUCCUGUACGGCCGGGUGUUUUCGGCGGUUCUGGCCCAGGCCCGGACGCUGCGAUCUCGGGUGGCCGCCAUCGGUCCUCGCCAUCCGGGGGCCACCGCCACCGUGAGGAGGAGCGAGCUGAAGGCGGCCCGCACUCUGGGCAUCGUGGUGGUGGUGUUCCUCAUCUGCUUCUGCCCGUACUACUUCCCGGCCCUGGAGGGGGAGGACACCUCGGUGGACGCCUCGUCCGCCGCCUUCGAGAUCUGGCUGGCCCACUUAAACUCCUGUCUGAACCCCGUCAUCUACGCCCUCUUCUACCCCUGGUUCAGGAAGUCCAUCCGGCACAUCCUGACUCUGCAGAUCCUGAAGCCGGGCUCCCGCGAUGCUAAGAUUCUGGACUGA